ACGUACAGUCUCGCCCCCAAGAAGAAACCCAAAGUGCUGAAGCAGCGAUCGGUGCUGGAGAUGUUCAAGAACAUGACCCACCCCCCCUCGGGGGCUCAGAAAGAGAGCGCGCAGGUGAACGGAGAGACCGUGGAAAACGAGACCGAGGAGGAGGAGUCCGAGGAGGGAGAGGACUCGGAGGAAGAGGAGGAGCAGGCGAGCGAGCGUCCCAGGGAGGAGUGGCUGCCGGCAGGGGGGGGUGACCUUGGGACCACGCCAAUGGAGGGGUGCCUGACGACGGCGAACGCCACCCACAAGGGGGAGGCCGAGGAGGAGGAGCAGGAAUCAGAAGAAUCGGCGGAGGAGGAAGAAGGGGAAGAAGAAGGGAACGAAUCGGAUUUGAGCUCUGGGUCCAGCGUGAGGAAGAGGCUGAAGAAGAAGGGGAAGAGCGACAGUCCCUGGCUGCGGCCCGCCAGGAAGCGCAAGCGGAAGAGCCGGCCCAAAGCCGAGGGGGCCGCAGGGAAUGAGGCGGAGCCCCACGCCCAGGCUGACCACAGUAAGGAAUACACUGAAGUGCCCCUGGACGCGCUGGACCUGAAGGUGCAGGAGGAGCUGCUCUCUUCACAGCACAGAGGUGCGUCCGGGAGCUCGGAAGCCAUGGAUGUGGAUGCCGUGCAGGAGCUGCCCCUGUGCAGCUGCAGGAUGGAGACGCCCAAGAGCCGGGAGAUCCUGACACUGGCCAACAAGAAGUGUAUGGCCACUGAGAGCGUGGAUGGGCAGCUGAGCCGGUGCCAGAGCGGAGUGAUGAAGCACGAGAUGAUGCGCCCGUCCAACUCGGUCCAGCUGCUGGUGCUGUGUGAGGACCACCGCGCCGGCAUGGUGAAGCACCAGUGCUGCCCCGGCUGCGGCUACUUCUGCAGAGCGGGCACGUUCAUGGAAUGCCAGCCAGACAGCAACAUCUCGCACCGCUUCCACCAGGACUGCGCCUCGGUGAUGGACGGGCGGAGCUUCUGCCCGCACUGCGGGGAGGAGGCCGGCAAGGCCAAGGAGGUCACCAUCGCCAAGGCCGACACCACCUCCAUGGUGCCCGUGGCCCCCGGCCAGGAGCCCCCCCCCGCCACCGAGGGGAAGGCCGACACCACCACAGGCGGCACUUCCCGAAUGAGGCUGGCCAGCGAGGACAAGGCGGACAGCUCCGCGCCCAAGCCCUCAGAGGCGUCGGACUCGUCGGGGUCGCCCAGCAGCUCGCGGUGGGGGGCGGUGACCCCCUCCUCCGGGAUGUCGCAGGGACCAGCCAAAGAAACCCUGGAGAGCGUUCUCCUGGCGCUGGAUGCUGAGAAGCCUAAGAAGCUGAGGUUUCACCCAAAGCAGCUGUACAUCUCUGCCAAGCAAGGGGAGCUCCAGAAAGUGCUCAUGAUGCUGGUGGACGGGAUCGACCCCAACUUCAAGAUGGAAAGCCAGAGCAAGCGCACGCCCCUCCACGUGGCGGCCGAGGCCGGGCACCAGGAGAUCUGCCACAUGCUGGUGCAGGCCGGAGCCAAUCUGGACAUGUGCGACGAGGACCAGAGGACGCCACUCAUGGACGCCGCGGAGAACAGCCACCUGGAAACUGUGAAGUACCUGCUGAGCGCGGGGGCCAUCGUCACCCACAAGGACGUCGAGGGCUCGACCUGCCUCCACCUCGCUGCCAAAAAGGGGCAUUACGACGUCGUGGAGCACCUGCUGGACACCGGAUCGAUAGACAUCAACUGCCAGGACGACGGGGGCUGGACACCCAUGAUUUGGGCGACAGAAUACAAGCACAUAGACGAGGUCAAACUGCUGCUCUCUCGGGGCGCCGACAUCAACAUCCGAGACAAGGAGGAGAACAUCUGUCUGCACUGGGCGGCCUUCUCGGGGUGCGUGGACAUCGCCGAGAUCCUGCUGAACGCGAAGAGCGACCUCCACGUCGUGAACGUCCACGGGGACUCGCCGCUGCACAUCGCCGCGCGGGAGAACCGGCACGACUGCGUGGCCCUGAAGAACAGGGAAGGGGAGACGCCCCUGGAGUGCUGCAGCCUCAACUCCAAGGUGUGGGCGGCCCUGCAGAUGAGCAAGAAGCUGAAGGACGCGACGGCGCACAAGAGCGGGCAGGAGGAGAGGGUCAUCAACAGGGACAUUGCGCGCGGGUACGAGAGGGUCCCCGUGCCCUGUGUGAACGGCGUGGACAACGAGCCCUGCCCCAGCAACUACAAGUACGUCCCCGACAACUGCGUCACCUCCCCCAUGAACAUUGACAAGAACAUCACGCACCUGCAGUACUGCGUCUGUGAAGACGACUGCUCCUCCACGAGCUGCAUGUGUGGUCAGCUCAGUCUGCGCUGCUGGUUCGACAGGGAGGGCCGCCUGCAGCCGGAGUUCUGCCGGGAGGAGCCGCCGCUCAUCUUCGAGUGCAACCACGCCUGCUCGUGCUGGAGGACCUGCAGGAACCGCGUGGUGCAGAACGGACUGCGGACACGGCUGCAGCUCUUUCGGACCAGAAAGAUGGGCUGGGGAGUGCGGACCCUGCAGGACAUCCCCCAGGGCACGUUCGUGUGCGAGUACGUCGGGGAGCUUAUUUCCGAUUCGGAGGCAGACGUCAGGCAGGACGACUCGUACCUCUUUGACCUAGACAACAAGGUGGGGGACGUGUACUGCAUCGACGCGCGCUUCUACGGGAACGUCAGCCGGUUCAUCAACCACAUGUGUGAGCCCAACCUGUUCCCCGUGCGGGUCUUCACCUCCCACCAGGACCUGCGCUUCCCCCGCAUCGCCUUCUUCAGCACCCGGGACAUCUCCGCGGGGGACGAGCUCGGGUUCGACUACGGCGACCGCUUCUGGGAGGUCAAGUCCAAGUACUUCAGCUGCCUGUGCUCCUCCCCCAAGUGCAAGCACUCGGCGGCGGCCAUCGCACAGAGGCAGGCCGACAGCACGCCGGACGAGGCCCCGCACAGCGCGCUGCCCGACACCAGCUCCGCCGCCGCCCCCUCCAGCCCCUCCAGCCCCUCCUGAGGCUCUGCUGGGCGCAGACGUCCAGCCAGCGAAACCAGCCAGACAUUCAGCCAGCCAGCCAGCCUCCCUCUGCCCACAGCAGUCCAGCACAGGAGCACUUCGAGACUCGAGACUCCCUUCCCCUACAGCCCCGCCAAACACGGUCACGGCCGAACCGCACCUAGCCUCUCCCAGAGCGGCCCGGGAACCCAAAACACUAGCAGGUUAGCGCACUGGACGGCGGCUGUGGCGGGGGAUGACCGUUCUUCAUUCAGAGAUCGCCGACUGGGACGCGCACCUCCAGUGGGUAGUGAGCAUGGGUGCCUCUCUUGUUUUAGGUUUUAUACCUUGAUUUAAAAAAAAAAAUCAAUUUCCGGACUCCUCCAGCGUUUCGCUCCGGACUGGUCAGCGGUCAAGACGCCACAGGACAUGAGUUUUUUUUUGUCAGGGUGGCGGGGUUUACUGCCAAGAGAAAAUCUGGAGAGUUACAGGGAACCCAGCAUGCUGUUGUAGCAUGUGAGCUGGACACUUCUGCCUUUUUUCCUUCAGUUGCCUCUGCAGCCCUUACCUCCAGCAUCCACCAUACGUCAUAUUUACAUCAGAAAUAUCUUUGGCGAUAAUAGUACUUUGAAUUAUUUAUUGGAAUAAGCGUUCUUAUCGGCGAGGUGUAGCAAUGCCAUUCCUUAUAGGAAAGAACCAGUUGAACCGACUCGAAAAAUGGCCAACACUCUUACCCAGAAUGCUCUUGUGUAGCAGAUGGGCUGGACACGUCAACUCAUUCUACAAAAAACAGCGCAUAAUCUUCAGUUUCUGCACAUAGGUUUUCUCCUUUUUUUAAUAUCUCCAAGCCACCAGCUCUUGGGUGCAGAACUUCUUCUGGAACUUUUCUUUCCUCUAGAGCGAAAUCAUGUAGCUUUCACGAUGAAGCGAUGGCGACAGUCGCUUUCCGCACCUCCCGAGGGGAUGAAUGGAGCGAGCGGUGGGCUGGAGGCGUUGCUCCCGGCAAGCCAGCGCCUCCCUUUCUGCGUUUCCGGGAUUUUCCUCCGCAUUUCCCUCCCUCCCCUUUUUAUCUGUGGACCGACGUUCACCGGAUCCGACUUGUCUCGUCAGAGGCCUCCUCUCCCUCCGCCCCCCUCCUCUCCGUGCGCGGGACUGGCGCUGGGCGGCCCCGAUUCUGGUGCCAGGGCAGCCCGGUCCUCUGCACAGCUGCUUUCCUCCUCUUCUCUUCCCCCACCGCGACGCUGGAGAAGACCAGUAUCGAAGCGCUUGGCAAGCAUGGGUCAGGGGCGGGUGGUUGUUCGGUGAAGCAUGCUACCUGAACAACAGACUGACUUGCCCUCUUUUUUUUUUCCUCUGGAUUCUUCGAAGCAAGAACCCCCCGUCUGUCGACAACACCUCCAUGGGACAUUUGCAACGGGAGUUGGAAAAAACGACAACACAAACUUUCUAAAACGGAAAAACCCACACAACAAAAGUAGACGAAUGUGCUGGGGGGAGGGGACAAAAGACAAUGGUGCUGAUAUAACGGUGUUUUCUUUUUCGGUUUAUUUUUUUUAAUACUUGCAAAGUGAGAACAAGUUGUAAAAUACAAAAAAAAAAUGUUCGUUUUUUUUACAUUGAAUUUUACGGUCAAUUUUUCUAACUGUAGUAUUGUAGGUAGCCUGUAUGAUCCCUCCCUCCCCUCAUUCUCUGUUGAUGGUAAAACUACACUAUUCCCCCUCAUGUUUUUUUUCUAAAGUAAGUGGUUUAGUACAGUAUAUAGUAUUCAGUGCAAAUUCUCUAAGAUCUAAAUACAAAAAAAUGUAAUAAGAUUACUUUCUGUUACCGAUUUCUGGAGAGUAAGCUGAGAUGUUCAGUCUCCUUGGUUGUAUCUUUCUUUUUUUUUUCCAAUAAAUUUACUACUAAUGAAACCGC